GCCUACAUGUCAGAGAAGUGUAGCUCAUUUUUUUUCUCAGAAUAAUGAACGUUCGAGAACCAAAUCAUGAAAAUAUUUCGUUUUUUAUAUUUUGUAAAGAAAUUGAACCUUUUUAUUGUUUCUCAGCCUUAAUUGAUUAUGGCAUAAAUUUAAGUUCGAAUAACUGAACUGAAUAAAUAAUAGAAAAAAAAAAUCUAAAUAAAACUUAUAAUAAAAAAGAUGAUUAAAAUAAAAUUAUAUUAAAAUAAUAUGCCUUUUACAUUUUAGGAAGGGUGUCCCUCACACAAGGAUGAUCAUAUUUGACGGUCCCUGGCAUCUAAAAAGCCCUGAUGCACAGCACGCAUGACGCGCCCACUCCUCAGCAGCAUCUAGUGGCUGAUGCGAGCAUCGCUCUCGGAUGAGAGAGAGACAGAAAGGGAGAGUUAGAGCAGCUGGAGCGCUUCACUAUGGACCAGCACGGCCGCUGCGCUCUCUGACCGGUCGUCUACAUUCUCAUUUUGCUUGAACAACUCUCCAAACACACAGGUUAUGCCACCCCACAGGCUGACUGGAAAUCCAGCCGUGAAAGAGAAGGGCUGAUCCCAGACCCCCUCGUGUUCCCGCAGCUGCGCCCCUCCCUGUCCCCAUGGCGACAGGAGGCCAUGCCCCCGAGACAGAUGUGUUGAUCAACCUGCAUCAGGUUUUGUCGGAAGAAGAGAAGGGCUCCACAGCAGGACAAGAAGAUGAGGAAUGGGAGAAGGCCUUGUCUGUGGAGAGGUUUGGGGACAUCAUUACUGAGUCUGCCAUCAAUGGCGCAGACAAAAUGGGCCGUAGCUACAAUGAGAAAGACUUUGAGUAUCACCGGCACACCUUCCACCACACCCACCACCCCCUGUCCACCCACCUCCCCCCGCAGCGUUUCCGCAAGAGGGUGCUCAGUAUGGACCGCCGGCGAAAGAAAAAGAGGAAGAAAAAGAAGACGUCCAUGCCCCCGUCAGAUGUCACGCCCACUAUUCAUGAAGUGGAUGAAGAGGAGGCGGAGUCUGAGACGGAGGGCCAGUGCCAAGCAGCCACGCCUACUGAGCCAUCUGAAGAGCUGCCACAGCUCAGUUUGGGAAGUGAGGAGGACCUGGCGGCUGAUCUCUCUCUCACCAUCUUUCAUAUGGAGAGCGAAAGACCCCAGAGCAGUGAGGAGGCUCCACCCAUCCCCACCCGAAUGGAGGAGCAGCAGGAAGCACAAGAACGACUGAAUGGAGAAGAGGAGGAAGAGGUUUCCAACAGGUUUAGUCCUUCUCCAGAGCCUGCCACUAUGACAACACGAGGCUGGUUUCGCAGGAAGCCCGUCCACCGGCUGGCUGGAGCCCAGCGAACCAGCUACGACCUACGAGAACGCAUCUGCAUAGGCAGCAUGACUGCCAUGGAGACUGCGGUCUACCAGAAAGUACCUACAGACGAAGCAGAGGCGCAGAUGCUUGCCAGUGCUGACCUGGAUGGCAUGAAAAGUCAUCGUUUUGAGGAUAAUCCUGGGGUUAGACGUCACCUCGUCAAGAAAUCAUCACGCUGUCAAUUACCACGAACCAGCAAUAGCUCACCCCCUCUUUCUAGUCUGAAGAGGAGGAAGAGGAUGGACAAGAAAACUCAUGAGGUGUUUGUGGAGCUCAAUGAGCUGAUAGUGGAUAAGAACCAGGAGAUGCGCUGGAAAGAGACGGCACGUUGGAUCAAGUUUGAGGAAGACGUGGAGGAGGAGACGGAUCGCUGGGGUAAACCGCACGUGGCCUCGCUGUCCUUCCGUAGUCUGCUGGAGCUCCGCAGGACCAUCACACAUGGUGCCAUAAUGCUAGAUCUGGAUCAAACCACACUGCCUGGCAUCGCCCACUUGCUGGUGGAAACCAUGAUCAUCUCGGACCAAAUCAGAGCCGAAGACCGAGCCAACGUGCUGCGAGCCCUUCUGCUCAAACACAGUCACCCCAAUGAUGAGAAAGAGGGCCUUUUCCAUCGGAACCACUCUGUCAACAGCCUGGGCAGCUUCCGUCACAACCACAAUCACAUUCACGACACCAGCCUGCCCCUGGUGUCCCAGGACCACGAGGAGGUGCAUGACAGCAAAGCGGCAGAACAUGACAAAGAGAAAAACCUCCACCCUGUCCCAGCUGAGGGACAUGCUGCCGCCAGAUCUAUGAAACUCUUGGCAAAGAUUCCCAAGGAUGCCGAAGCCACUGUGGUCUUAGUGGGGUGUGUGGAGUUCCUAGAGAAGCCCGCGAUGGCCUUUGUCCGGCUGAACGAGGCUGUCCUGCUGGAGUCCGUUCUGGAAGUCCCUGUCCCGGUUCGGUUCAUCUUUGUGCUGCUGGGCCCCACGCAGACCAACAUGGACUAUCAUGAGAUUGGACGCUCCUUCUCAACUCUAAUGUCUGAUAAGAACUUCCAUGAGGUAGCAUACUUUGCUGAUGACCGCCAGGACCUGCUUAAUGGAAUCAAUGAGUUCUUAGACUGCAGUAUUGUAAUUCCACCAUCGGACGUUGAGGGAAAAGACCUGCUGAAGACCGUGGCCUCCUUCCAGAAACAGAUGCUACGCAAGCGCAAAGAGAGGGAGUACAAAAAAUGCGGCAGUACUGUUACAGGAGCUGAGCAGGAGACCAAAGACGUGAGUACGGAUGAACAGGAGGAGGAGGAUCAGUUUGAUGUUGACCCUCUCAAGCGCUCUGGUAUUCCCUUUGGAGGUCUGAUCCACGAUAUUCGCCGCCGUUAUCCACGCUACAUAAGCGACCUGAAGGACGCCAUGGACACACAAUGUUUUGCUGCUGUCAUUUUCAUUUAUUUUGCUGCUCUUUCGCCCACUAUCACCUUUGGAGGUUUAUUAGGUGAGAAGACACAAGGCAUGAUGGGAGUCUCUGAGCUCAUUAUCUCCACAGCCACAGUGGGAGUGCUGUUCUCCCUGCUAGCAGGACAGCCCUUGCUCAUAAUUGGCUUCUCUGGACCACUUUUGGUCUUUGAGGAGGCUUUUUAUAAGUUCUGCCAGGCGCAGGGCUUCGAAUAUCUCACAGGCCGAGUGUGGAUCGGGUUCUGGCUCAUCUUCAUUGUCCUGGUGAUCGUGGCAGCGGAGGGGAGCUUCCUCGUGCGCUACAUCUCCCCUUUCACCCAGGAGAUCUUUGCGUUUCUCAUCUCUCUCAUUUUCAUCUUUGAAACCUUCUCUAAGCUAAUUAAGGUGUUUCAAGAGCACCCUCUGAUGAAGAGCUACCCUACAGCUCCUGUACUGCCUGCCUUCAAACCCAUUGACCCUCAAGGGCACAGUGUGAUUGGGGAACCCAUCCUCAACCAGCCCAACACAGCCUUGCUGUCCUUAGUGCUCAUGAUGGGAACCUUCUUUGUGGCCUUCUUUCUGCGAAAAUUUCGUAACAGCAGAUUCCUCGGUGGAAAGGCCAGACGAAUCAUUGGUGAUUUCGGGAUUCCUAUCUCCAUACUGAUCUCCGUGCUGGUGGACUGCACCAUCCCUGAUACAUACACACAGAAGCUGAACGUCCCCUCUGGUUUCUCGGUCACAUCUCCGGACAAACGGAGCUGGUUUAUCAGUCCGUUUGGAGAUAAACAGCCUUUCCCAGUUUGGAUGAUGGGGGCCUCAGUGAUCCCGGCCCUGCUUGUUUUUAUCCUCAUAUUCAUGGAGACUCAAAUCACCACCUUGAUAGUGAGCAAGAAGGAGAGGCGUUUGGUCAAGGGUUCUGGCUUUCAUCUUGACCUGCUUCUGAUAGUGACUUUGGGAGCUAUCUGCCCACUCUUUGGUCUGCCCUGGCUGACUGCCGCCACUGUGCGCUCGGUGACUCAUGUGAAUGCUCUGACAGUCAUGAGCAAAGCCACUGCCCCUGGAGAGAAGCCCAUGAUCCAAGAAGUUAAAGAGCAGAGGGUGACAGGGAUGUGUGUGGCUAUCCUAGUUGGUUUGUCUAUAGUGAUGACAGAUGUGCUGCGUCAUAUUCCUCUGGCUGUGCUGUUUGGGAUAUUUCUGUACAUGGGCAUCACUUCUCUUACUGGUAUCCAGCUUUAUGAGCGAAUCACACUCAUGGUCACGCCUGCUAAACAUCACCCUGACCACAUCUAUGUUACCAAGGUGAAGACUUGGCGUAUGAACAUGUUUACCAUCAUUCAGUUGUUGUGUAUCGUCCUGCUGUGGGUGGUGAAGUCGACCGUAGCCUCUCUGGCCUUUCCCUUCAUCCUAAUCAUGACCGUACCUCUGCGUAGACUCAUCCUGACCAGGAUCUUUGAGGAAAGAGAGCUUGCAGCGUUGGAUGCUGAUGAGGAUUCGCCCAAUUUUGAUGAAGAUGGACGCGAUGAAUACAACGAGAUUCACAUGCUUGUCUAGAUGCAGGUCACAUGGCUCACCUCUUCACUGACCGAUCGAUCGCGGGUCUAUGCAUAAUGGGAAAGGUGUACGGAAUCCGAAGAACUCUGAUGUACUGCCCUCUUUCAGAAUUAUUUCUUUGAAAUCAUGUUUUGGAUACUUUUAUUAUUUAUAUUUUUUCUCUUUUUUCUUCCUUCCAAAAAUGUGGCCUACAUGUUCGACUGCUGCUGCCCAGUGACCUUUGAAUAUAAGAUAUAGAUACGGCCCGUGCACCUUAGACCUCCCAAAGUGCGGUGAUGGUGAGACAAAUCCAAUAAGUUACACCUGUCCAGACCAGACCUACUGCCUGUAGAUCUUUGUUGCCUUGUACUGUACUGUAGGCAUUGACCACAGGGUCUGAAUAUUACAGUAGCAUGACCUCUCAGUGCCCUUUGAGUGGUCAAUCCCUUUGCUGUGCAGUCCCGUUGCUUGAAAACAGUAGUGCAGUCCCUUUAGACGUACUUUAUGCAGUAGUGAAAUUACUUUGAUUGAUGUAUGCAGUAGUUACAAUAUGUUUAAAGGUGCAAUAAGCUAUUUUUUUUAUUAUGGAACAGCAUGCAGAUAAUGUCCCUGCUUCCUGACAGAUAUCACUCUCAGCCUGUCAGUCAUUUUGAAUUCAGUGGCUUGUGGGAGUUAGCAAAUGGCUAACAUUGCUUACAGCAACUUUAAUGGAAAAAAGCAUUAUUUAGCCCUCUGAAAAUGAUUUCCCUUCCAAAGAGAAGUUUUAUUUUUAGCUGUUUUAUUUUAUUUUAUUUAGUUUAGUUUUAUUUUUUGUUUAUUUAUUUAUUUAUUUUCACAAGAAAUUGUUAUUUAGCCCUCCGAACAUGAUUGCUCUGAAAAUGAUUUAUUUUAUUUUAUUUUAUUUAUCAAGAAAUUGUUAUUUAACCCUCCGGACAUGACUGCUAAAAUUUUAUUUUAUUUUAUUUUAUUUUAUUUUAUUUUAUUUUAUUUUAUUUUAUUUUAUUUUAUUUUAUUUUAUUUUAUUUUAUUUUAUUUUAUUUUAUUUUAUUUUAUUUUAUUUUCAAGAGAUUAAUUAUCUCUCCGAACAUGAUUUCCGUUCUAAACAGAUUAACUACUAAAAGUGUAUUUUAUUUUAUAUUUGAUAUUAUAUUAUAAUAUGAUUUAUUUGUCUUGAAGUUUCCCAGAGUGAUUGAUAACUUUAUUUUUCUUUGAGCAACUCAUCUAUUUUCUUGCUAUAUAUAAAUUUAGCAUUUAGAAUUUAUAUAGGGUUUAUUGCCCAAAUAUGUUAUUAUUAUAAAUAUUAGUACAUUCGUGUGCAUGUGUUUUCAAUAUAGACCUUUUCAGAGAACUAAUUCCAUUCCUUAUGCUGUUAAUCUGCAGUGUAUUCGGGAACAGUUCAGCUGAAAUAGGUUAAAGCCAUAGAAACUUGGAUUUCGUUGAUUGCAUAAAAGCUAACUUUUUGAAUCGAUGCUAUUCCAAAGGCUGUCAACUGCCAGUGUGUAUGGAUGCACUUAUUGCUACAGUUUAGACUGGAGGCUUCGAUGAAACGUACUGCGAUAUUGUUAGUCAGGGUCAUGGAGGAUAGCUACAAACUAAGCUAUUUUAAAAGAAAGUGCAUGACCUUUUAAAAUCCUUGUUAAGCCACCGAAUCUAUGUUUCCCUUGCCCCGAUAAGGCCUUUAAAGGUGAUGUGUAUAUUUUCUGUGUUCUCCCAACCUAACUUAAUAUGCAGCAACAUAUUAAAAACAUUGCUCUGUUUGUUUGAGCAUCCAAACCAGCCCGACACAAUCAGCCAAUGAGUUUAGUUCGGUGCGGGACUAGCAGUUUGACGUACGAGUCACCUGUUUGCAAUUCCAUUUGGGGAAAAAAAAAAAAUGACGCACUUCACCUUUAACAUCUUCAUCUCUUUCUUUGUGUUUUGAUGAAGACAUUUCCUCUGAUCAAAACAGUCUCAUACAUAAGGCUCAAGACAGACCUGAAAACAGGAAGAAUCGUUCCAUUACAGUCAUGUUUUGAGUUCGGACAAUUGCCUUUAGAGAAAGCCGCCCUUUGGACUGUAAAUAGCGUGCCGUCCAUGCGUGUAUUGAAUUUGUUUGUGCGUAAUACAGACUUCUUGGUCUAGUCACGCUACACUAGCUCAUUUCAUCACAAACACAUAUUCCACAUGUGUUUCUUUUUGCUCGUCGUUUCCCCGGUUUUUUAGUGUGAAAACAAGGGGAAAUUGUGCAAUAUAGGAAUAUCUGUCAUGCAGUGCUACGCUUCUCUGAAUAGAUGUUUAGUUUCUUGGAAAGCACAAAGCUAAGUGCUGCUCUCGAGCCUGAGAGCAGUAAGGGGAGAUCUGUGGUUGUGAAUGGCAGGCCUUUGAAGCACUUAAUAUGAAGCCACACAUCUGAGGUGUUUUGCCAUGUAAUCUUAGUUGAGUCAUCGGAUAGCUCUGUCCGAAAGCCAAAAGGGUAAACCAAUGGUAAAAUGUUGGUUUUAAUUUUUUGUCCCUCAGCAUUUAUUAGGGAUGUAGCUGAGUGAUGAAAUUAGAUGAGGACAAGCCAGCUGUAAUUACUUAAGAAUCGGAUUCCCAGUGUGUGAAGCCUUUGGCAGGAUCAUCGGAUGGCAAGCAACAGAUCUUAGCUUUAGCAACAUAUGUUAGCUUCCCAAAGGCAAAUGUUAUUGCUCAAAAAUGGCUCUUUUCGUAGCUCAGGAGAUUUAGCCAAAAUAUAAGGUGGGACUUGAUUUUAUUUUUAAUUUUAUCCAUUAAAGGGUUAGUUCACCCAAAAAUGAAAAUUCUGUCAUUAAUUACUCACCCUCAUGUCGUUUCACACCCGUAAGACCUUCGUUC